AUGAAAUCGUCGCUCUUGGCUUUGCUGCUUGUCGCUCUCUGCCAAUCGUCAACGGCGAUUGUGCUGUCGCCUGGAGGCAAGUGCCGCGUUCUGGGUUUCUUUCCGACCGAGACAACCCCCGAAGACCCCGCACCCUUCACUCGAUGGACUCAAAAAGAAGUUAAACGUGUCAGCCGCUCGAUGAUGGCGGCUGCAAAGCUGGCUUUGGAACACUUUCAUGCUCGUGAUACAACUCUUGUGAAGGAGUUGGCUGAUCUUCCCAAGGAAUGCAAUGUCGAGCUCGACUUGGAUGUCAUUGCAGAUCACCUCACUACGAAACGAGCAGGACAAAUCAUGGUUGAAGAAGCCAGUGAACUAUGUGCUUUUCUUGGCACUUACGAUCCAGACGUAGCCAGGGCCAUGCAACCCACCAGUGUCGCUUUGGAUCUACCUCAGGUAAUCUUCUACACGCUUGACCAGUUUCUCACAAGCAGCAUACGCCCCUCUGCAAUUGGCCUUCCCCCCACCGUUCUUCCCCAUACUCGAGGCCUUGCGGAGUACCUCAAUGCCGGGCAGGUCAUUGCCCCCCAGGAUGCUGCCCAGAAGUUUGGAAUGAAAUCCGAAAAAUAUCAAGAUGACCAUCUCGGAAUCAUCCCUACUAUGACUCCCGAAGAGUUGCAGCGCAAGGUUUUGAAAGAAGUGCAUGACUCCGGGGUCAAGACAAUCUUCUUGAACAAGAUCGAUUCAAGGUCACUCAAUUUGACUGCGCACAUUCUCGCAGACUAUGGUAUGAGAAGACGUGUCCGUGGUGUCUGA